CAAGUCACAUGUAAACGGAGAAACCAUCCCUUCACUAAUCCAUACCUAUGCAUCUGUGCCACUCUUCUUCUAUAUAAACCCUAACACAGUUUCUACAAAAAUCACACCACAAAAAUGUCCCUCUCUUCCCCUUCUUCCUCUCCACUUCCAACUAUUUUACUGUUGCUCUGCAUUUUAGCUACAGCCGGAGCUGAAACUGUUCCCAAAAAAGUCGGCCAUGGCUACCGCUUAGUCUCCAUCCAGGAGUCCUCCAAUGGUGGCCUCGUCGGCUUACUUCAACUCAAGCAGAAGAACAACAUCUACGGCGCCGAUAUCCCCCACCUCCAGCUCUCCGUCAAGCACGAAACCGGCAGCCGUCUGAGAGUCCACAUCACCGCCGCGGAGAAGCAGAGAUGGGAGGUUCCGUACAAUCUCCUUCCGCGGGAGAAGCCUCCGCAGCUGAAACAGGCGCUCGCCUCUUCAAGGAAGGACGCGCUUACGGCGACGGAAUACGUGGGGACGGAGCUUAUCUUCGCGUACACGAAGGAUCCUUUCAGUUUCGCGGUGAAACGGAAAUCCAACGGCGAGGUUCUGUUCAACAGCCGCGCGGAGGCGUCGGAUCCGUACAGCGAUUUGGUGUUCAAAGAGCAGUAUGUGGAGAUGUCGACAAAAUUGCCUAAAAAUGCGUCGCUGUAUGGUUUGGGGGAGAACACGCAGCCCCACGGCAUCAAGCUGUACCCCAACGAUCCCUACACUCUCUACACCACCGAUAUUUCGGCGAUUAACCUGAAUGCGGAUUUGUACGGGUCGCACCCGGUGUACAUGGACCUGAGGAAUGCCGGUGGAGAAGCGCGCGCUCACGCGGUUCUGCUCUUGAACAGUAACGGCAUGGAUGUUUUCUACAGGGGCGAUUCUCUCACGUAUAAGGUUAUCGGGGGUGUUUUAGACCUUUACUUCUUCUCCGGUCCCACGCCGCUCGCUGUCGUCGAUCAAUACACGGCGUUUGUUGGCCGACCGGCGCCGAUGCCUUACUGGGCUUUUGGGUUCCAUCAAUGCAGAUGGGGAUACCACAACUUAUCAGUUGUAGAAGAUGUUGUCGACAGCUACAAGAAGGCGAAGAUCCCACUCGACGUGAUAUGGAACGACGACGAUCACAUGGACGGACACAAGGACUUCACUCUCAACCCUCACAACUACCCUCGCCCCAAGCUGCUAGCAUUCUUAGAGAAGAUCCAUGCCCAAGGCAUGAAGUACAUUGUCAUAAUAGACCCUGGGAUCGGCGUCAACAACACCUACGGUGUCUACCAACGUGGACUUGCCAACGACGUCUUCAUCAAGUACCACGGCCAGCCCUUCCUCGCCCAGGUCUGGCCAGGAGCUGUCAACUUCCCUGACUUCCUCAACCCAAAAACAGUCGAAUGGUGGGGCGAUGAAAUCCGCCGUUUCCACGAGCUUGUUCCUGUUGAUGGCCUCUGGAUCGACAUGAAUGAGGUCUCCAACUUCUGCAACGGCCUAUGCACGAUCCCGAAAGACAGGAUAUGCCCAAAUGGGACUGGACCGGGGUGGGAGUGCUGCCUUGAUUGCAAGAACAUCACCAAAACGAGGUGGGACGAUCCGCCCUACAAGAUCAACGCAUCGGGCAUACAAGCACCGAUAGGCUACAAGACCAUAGCAACGAGUGCUUAUCACUACAAUGGCGUGUUGGAGUAUGAUGCUCACAGUUUGUAUGGCUUCUCACAGGCGAUCGCCACCCACAAGGCGCUGCAGGGCCUACAGGGGAAGCGCCCGUUCAUCCUAACCCGUUCCACCUUUGUUGGAUCAGGGCAUUACGCGGCACAUUGGACAGGGGACAACAAGGCUACAUGGGAGGAUUUGAAGUACUCAAUCUCCACAAUGCUCAACUUCGGCAUAUUUGGAGUUCCAAUGGUAGGAUCGGACAUCUGUGGAUUCUACCCUCCUCCAACAGAGGAGCUCUGCAAUCGUUGGAUCGAGCUCGGGGCUUUCUACCCCUUCUCAAGAGAUCAUGCAAACUUCUACUCGCCAAGACAAGAGCUUUACCAGUGGGAGUCAGUUGCAGAGUCUGCAAGAAAUGCUCUAGGCAUGAGAUACAAGCUUCUGCCUUAUCUGUACACGCUCAGCUACGAGGCUCACACAACGGGCGCUCCCAUCGCCCGUCCCUUGUUCUUCAGCUUCCCGAACGAGGUCAAACUAUAUGAUUUAAGCACUCAAUUCCUGCUUGGUAGCAAUGUGAUGGUGUCCCCGGUUCUUGAGCCAAACAAGACAACCGUGGAGGCCGUGUUCCCUCCCGGAAGCUGGUACAACAUGUUUGAUCUUGCAAAGGUGAUCGUGUCGAAAGAAUCGAGCCAUGUCUUGCUGCACGCGCCACUGCACACGAUCAACGUGCAUGUGUAUGAAAACGCCAUAAUCCCAAUGCAACAAGGAGGGUUGAUAUCUAAAGAAGCGAGAAACACGCCUUUCACGCUUGUUGUAGCCUUCCCGCUCGGAGCCAAGGAAGGGAAGUGCGAGGGGAGUCUCUUCCUCGACGAUGAUGAGCUGCCGGAGAUGAAGGUGGCAGCAGGGUCAUCAACCUACGUGGAGCUAUAUGCGAAGAUUAGUGAUGGCGCGGUGAAGGUGUGGUCGAAUGUUGAAGAAGGUGAGUUUGCUUUGGAGAAGGGCUGGAUUGUGGGGAAGGUGGCUGUGCUAGGGUUGGAGGGUAGUGUUGCUAGCACGGUGGAUGUUGAGGUUGAUGGGAAUGCGGUGGAAGAUGCUUCUGCGGUGGAGGUGAGCACGUCGGAGCAUGAGAUGGAGGCGGAGGAGGGGAAGAGGAAGCAUGUGAUGGUGGAGAUCGGAGGGCUGGAGUUGCCUGUGGGGAAGAAAUUUGCUAUGACGUGGAAGAUGGGAAUCAAAGGCUGAACAUAUUUUCAUUCUUCGUACUUCAUAGGAGUAUUUGCUGGAUAAUUAUGCAAUUAAUUAAUUAAUAUCCUAUUUGUUAUCUUGAUAUUGAGUGGUGAAUAGAGGUUGUGAAUGGGGAGGAGAUGAUGAUGGAACAUUUUACAUCCCACUCCAUUUAAUCGCUUCAACACUUCAUUUUAUUCUCUUGAAUUAAAUGGGAGUUGCCUACAAUGUACUUAGUACUAUUGUUUAGCGAAUGUUUGUUAUGGAUGAAUAAGUACUUGAAAUAUGGAAAUAUAUCAAUUACUAAGUA